GUCCAUCAAGCGGCCGGGCUGUGUAUAAAACAGCGGCUGUGGAAAGUGAGCGUCACAUUUGAGUCCAGCAGCUCAGUCUCACCACCAACAUGAACUCCUCCGUCGUCUUCCUCCUCGUGGUGCUGGCCGCCGUGGCCCAGGCCAAGCCGCAGCCCCAGAUCCUGUCGUACGCGCCGGCAGCGUACGCAGCGGCCCCCGCCUACUCCUACUCGUACGCGCCCUCCGUCGCCUACACCGCCCCCGUUGCCGCCUACGCCCCCGCCGUGGCCGCCGCACCCUACGUGCGCUCUGCCUACACGUACUACUGAGCUGUAACACCAGCCAAGCCCGCUUUUGGUUAUCAAACCUGACUCAUG